CCCCCAUAAUACAGUCUGGCAAUGCAGCGACCCUAUAUCAGAGGAAGUUAAGUGCCAUAUGGGCCGACAUGACAAGGUCAACAAGGUGGCAGAGGACAUGACAACUGGCAAUGAAUCUCAUUCCAGUCUGGAGACCUGGCCAGAGGCAAGCUCACCACCGAUAAACGCGCAGUCACAUCCUACGGGAAUUUGAGUGUGAGCUGUCAAUACCCACCACAGCACAUGGUAAAUACGUUUUGGUUACAGCCAACAUGGCUCCAAAGGAGAGGAGAAGUGGUUGCCUAUCGCAGACAGGCAUCAGUGUUUCCAACUACCGCUUCGCAGGAGGCCGAGUAUCAACAGUGCCUUGGGCCUAUACACAGAGCCUACCCCACCACCCGUGAGGCUCCCACCACUGGAGGUCCCUAUGCUUACCAGACCAUACUGCUCAAUAUGUUCACUGCUCGGCGGGAGUUCUGCCGACAAGCUAUGGACAAGAAAAAAGCACUCCGCACUUCUCAUGUGUUCAUGUCUACCCACUGGCUAUGUACACACAACCAGCACCCUAGCAUAUUCAUCACCAAUUAACACUAAACGUUGUUAAAAAUUAUUAUACACUACCUACCCUUCAUCAAAAAACUAUUACGUAUAUACCCUUCAUCAAAGAGUACCGCAGUAG